ACAUCGCCAAUUACUAGCCACCCCCCAAUUACUGGCCACUUAAUUUGAUUUCUAUUUAUAGGUGAACAAAGUUCAUUUUAGUAUAUAAGGUACGAAAAUCCAAUUAUUAGCCAGUUUUCAAUUACUGGCCAUCUAUUCCAAAAAUGAAUUCUAUUUACAGAUAAAUAAAACUCAUUUUCAGUAUAAGGAAAAUGGCCAGUAACUGAAAUUUAUCCACAACCCACUCGUUCAAUAACUGGCCGCCUCUUACAAAAAUGAGUUCUAUUCACCUAUACACAGAAUUCAUUUUAGUAUAGGUGGCCAGUAAUUGAAAACUGGCUAAUAAUUGGCGAUGUACCCUAUGUACCUACAAUGUAAGACGAGUCAAAUUAGAAGACAGAUCGCCUUACCGCAUGCUCAGUUUUGUUAACUGGUUAAACAAUACUGAAUGUGUUUGUGUAAUCAUGCGCAAGCAGGGGUUACGUCGAUCUGUCUCGUAACAGGUAAAUAAUGUUAAGCGUAUUGGUGCAGUUGUAGUUGAGUUUGAAUAGAUAAUGUUGAAUUGUUCAUAGAAUUUAUUAAAUAUCGUUAUAAGAACUUGUUUGUGAUGUUCUAAUUGUUUGUUUAAAUUUUACGGUAAUUCAAUUAAUGCAUAUACCUACACUUUUGCUAGUUUGCCUAUGUAAUAUUAUGUUCCGGACUAGGUAAUGUAAACCGGUUUUUAUUUUGGUUAAUAACCGGUUUUUUAUACAACUAAAAACUGGUAGUUUACGUUCCCUAUUACGGACCCGGACGCUAAGCUGGUUUAUCAAACUUACGCCAGCAGUUUUUACGCUGGCCGUCUAACUUGUAUCACCGAAUUUGUCUCAUAAUACUCUCGUGAAUAUUUAUUGUGUUUCGAUCAUAUGUUUAUUCCAUAAAACGUGACUAUGUAAAUUUAUAUCGAUAACCAGACCGUGUUUUUUAUUUAUAGCGCGAGUAAUAGGGUCCAGAAAUUCCCGCAUCCCGCAAAUAACGUAGAAUAUUCAGCGCCGAAACAAAUUCAAAGCCGAACCUUUCGACUCGCAUUCGCAUCACAGUAAGCACCAAUUUACUCGUGUUAUGUUCAAGAUGAUUUAAUAAAUUGCGACUUGUUGUAGGUAUCUACUUGUCAGUUCAGAAGGAAAGUAGUAGGGGAAAACGGGAACCGAGAUAACUCUCGCUGUCGACUUCUGAGAUCUGAGAUCAGUUUUAUUUGCUGGUUUAUGGCUGUCUCAUUGCCGUUAAUGAAAUAAGACGGAGUAUACGAGCAGUCGUCCCGGCGUCGCAGAACUUGUGAGCGGACUUGUGACGUCAUUUUUUGAUCCUUGUGCUGUCACUGACUCGGUACUGUGAUCGUUAUCAUACAGCGAGAGACGAACGAUAAAUAAAUGUGAAGUGUAUACAUUACUGGGUGCGGUAGGUUAGGAACGGCCAGAGUGUUUGGCUUGGCGGAGAUGGAGGGGCCGUGGCUCGGGCGGCGGAGCGCGGGCCGGGCGGCGCAUGCGCGCGCCGCGCCGGGCCGGGAGCCUCGCGAGUCCGCUCAGUGGUGCGUCGGGACGCCCGGUCGAUUCCAGGGGCGCGCGCAAACACUCCACUUUCCAAAAACCGAAUGAACCGUAAAAUUUGUGUAAGAAAAAUCAUCAAACCGCAGCUUUUCUAAAUGAAUUUUAAAACCAUUCCUUGCCUCCUUGCACGGCUACCUGUUACUGUUUAAAAUUUGACCAAUAUUGCGGUCAAAUUUGUCGCGAUAUCGGUAGGUAUUUGGGCAAAUAUUUACUAUCAAUUAAUUAGAAAACGAAGGUGCGUAAUCACACAUGGAUUGUUUCAACUUGUCAUGUCAAUAUCGGAAGUAAAUUAAUAACAAGUUUGCGUGAGAUUAAUAUACGUUAAUUUAAUAAUUAAAAUGUCGCAUUCUUGAUAAUAAAUAAAACGCUAAAAGUGUCACAGUAGAAAGGUUAUGAAAAUUAACGUGUUUUAAUAGGCAGUUUAUUUUUUUACUCAUUGGUCGUCGUUAAGUUUUAUUAUGUGCUAACCUGGAGCCGGUCCGUAGCAGAGCUGAAUGACAGAGAAACUUGUUGUACCCGAGAUGUGGCGAGGCUGGAGGUGAGCGAUGCGGGCGCGGUGGGCGGCGUGGGCGCUUGCUUGGUGCGCGUGCGCCGCGGCCGCGCCCGUCGAGUCGCCGCCGCCGGCGCCGCUCUGCGACCCGCUGCUGCUACGACACCCGCCGCCCAGGCCCUCGAACGUGCUGGAGGCAGAGUCAGCCGCUGCGCAAGCUGCGCGGUCGCUGUCCGAGCUGAUCGAGACGGGCGGCGCGAACGAGACGCGCGCGGCGGCGCUGGCGCGCUCCGUGCUAGCCGCCCAGCUCGACCCGCCGCCUGACGCCGUGGCCCUCGGCGCACCGCAGCUCCGCCUCGGCGUCCUCUUCGUCGCCGACCCACCCAGACUGAUUAUCUUUCAACAAAACAACUCUGCAGCCCUCCAGCAAUUCUGGAAAACUUUAGCAUCCGCAUGGAAUGCGAGUAACGUCGUCUGGUCGAAUGCCUGGUACUCGUGCGAAAGGGAAGACAGAGGCUGGUGGAGCGGAGCGGCGGCGGCACGGGGAUCGGGCGCUCUUCGCGCCGCGGCGGCGUUGUUCCGACGAAUACCUGUUAUGCCGUGCGAGGAAGCAAUGUACGACCGCAUGGGUGGGCCGCCGGCCUGCGAUCCGGACACAACGGAUUGUGAAGCCUUUCCGGCCUCGGGAUAUGACUUUCAAAAUAUAGAGUACCGGUGCAAGUGCCGGCGGGGCUACUGGCACGCGAUCGGCAGCGGCUGGCUGAGCGGGUCCGCCAUCACAGAGCCCCUGCGGUGCGCGGCCUGCGGCAUGGCCAGCAGCGACGAGGCGCAGUGCGACGGCGAGGUCUUCCACGCCACGCUGCUGGCCGUCAACCUGGCCGGCAUGCUCGUGUGCCUCGUCAUUGGCCUUAUUAUAUUUAGAAAGAGAAAGUGCAAAGCCGUCGCAAUGGGCAUGUGGACUGUGCUAGAGGUGGUGUUGCUUGGGGCUCUGUUGAUGUAUGGAUCCGCAGCGACGCAAUACAUCAAGGAGCCGCGGUGGCGCUGCGUGGCGGGCGCGUGGCUGCGCGAGCUGGGCUUCGUGGCGUGCUACGGCUCAGUGGUGCUGCGGCUGUGGGUGCUUCUGGCCGAGUUCCGGACUAGGAAGGCGCACCGGUGGACUCCAAGGGACUCUGAGGUGCUCCGAAUAGUAGGCGCAAUGCUCUGUGGCGCGACGUGUUAUUUAGCAGCCUUUACUGCGACAGCGGCGUGUGAGCGAGAAGGCUGCACCAAUGCGGCUUGGCAUCAUGUCACCGCUGGCGCUGAACUACUGCUGCUAGCCGCCGGAGCUAGGAUCGCAUAUGCGGCGAGGAACGCAAAUGUGCCCUUCCAGGAGCGCGGCUGGUUGGCGACUGCGCUGGCAUGCGAGUUUUUUAGCGGGCUAGCGUGGCGCGGCGCAGCGCUGGCGGGCGCGGCGCCCGAGCAAGAGCCGCUGGCUGCCACGGCGCGCGCGCAGGUCUCCUCCGGCGCCGCGCUGGCGUGCGUGCUCGCGCCGAGGCUGUGGCAUGGAUACCGCGCGCGGUCUCUUGCGCAGGAGGUAUCUCGCAGAGGCCCAGCAGAGGGCUUCGGUGUAGAGGGCGAGGAGGAGCCCACAUCUGAGGAAGUGAGGGCCGAGCUGAAGCGGCUCUACGUGCAGCUAGAGAUCCUCAGGAACAAAACGCUGCGGCGGGACAACCCUCAUAUCAGCAAACGCAGGGGGGGACGCAAGCCGCCGCACAGGCGGUUUUCCUUACAGAAAAAGGGCAGUCGUGAAAAGGCCUUGCAGGCGCGGCGAGGUGGCAAGGGCAAGGCCGGCGGCAGCGCCAGCGCCGUGGAGGCCAGCGAGGCCGGCGACGCCUCUCGCACGCCAGAGGACUCCGUGUGCUCCAACGAGGGCCCCUCGCACUACACCGACUGCGACCAGACGUGAUCCCGCCGCCGCGACGGGAAUUCGUCCAGUCGCUCCACGGCCAACGGCUACGGCGACCUGCUGGAGGUUUGAAGACUCGGGUUGCGCAUCACCGUGUGUUGGUUCAAAAUUCGGACAAUUGCAAAAAUUUGGUGAUUGUAUUUCACUUAUUAAUCGUCGAAAUACUGUUCGAACUGCGUUUGGGGUACCUAAGUAAAUUUUGCUACGAGCAAUAAAUCAUUUACCAACGCAUCCAAAUUGUUAUUUGGAUGUGUUUAUUGAAAAUGUAAUCUAAAUAUUGAACUCUUGUGUAAUAAAAACAUUUAUAGAACAUAAAUAAAGCUCAUGAAAUGAGCAGGGCAUGAAGCCUGUACCUAAAUGUUAGUAUUAAAUACUCCUAUGUAAAGAAAGCGCCCAUUCUCCUGAAAAAGUUGGGCCCGUUUCUAUCCUAGGUGUAUGGCUAAUCGAGUAAGAUCAUGUUGGAUAAGAAAAAUAGGAAAGUGGGCGGUAGUUAUCGUAUGUGUUGCGUUUAGAGCGGAGUUGAUUGGUGUAUUAAUAGAUGAACCACGUGGGAUCGAUCUUUUUCCAGAGCAAUAAUUUGCCUAGUCCCUGACCAUUGAUGUUACUGUAAACUAGUUUCUAAGUUGCAAGGCAGUCAACUUGUAGCUACUUCUGCCACUUACAACUUACUAAGGUAAAUUGGUAGUUAUUGCCCACAAACAAUGAUUUUUAAACCGCAUUUUUAAAUAAACAUUGUUAUAUGGUAAUUAACAGUUAGUUACUAAGCGGACCCCAGGCUCCCAUCCCAUCCCGUGUCAAAAUGCCGGGAUAACGCGAGGAAAAAUAUAUAUGUGUCUACAGUUAACAGUUCAGAAUGUUUUUUUUUUCAAUAUAGUUAGACAUUGAGCCGCGGCAAAAAGGCAUCAUUUGCAAAUCCGUAUUUCAAUUGAAUAUGCCACCUUGCCAUGCUUACAUAUCUACAUACCACUCGAUCUUGCUACAAUAAAGUGAGUAAUGCAAUCAAACAUCAAAUCCAUUUUUAUUGGUUUGAUACGAUUAAGGAUUUUAAGGGAUUGCGUGCCUUUAAGUGGAUAACGAAUUAUGGUUUGUUUUUCUACUACUAACACAUGGUGAAAUCAGCAGAUACAAGUAUUUAUAUGAUCAUUUCACAGAAACUAAAAACAUCAGACCGAAGCAAUAUAGGAAAUAGGAAAAACGUUCAUACAGUUUUUUUAAUUUAGUUUUUUUUAUUUUAAUGGUCAAUAAAGCACAAGCAAUACGAGUUUCCUUUUUAGUUACUCGUGUAGGUACAAACAUAAUAAUAUAAUAGUUUUAUAAGUUAAAAUUUGAUUCUAAAGACCAAACGAGACCGCUAAAGUAGAUAUUAAUUAAUUAAAGUAUAAGGACUCGAACAUUCCAGCUCAUCCUGUUUCGUUCUGAAUGCGAUUAUUGUCAGGCAAAUAUCAAUAUCAAUAAUAGACUUUUGAAAAUUUUAGGUUAAGUAUGACAUGACUUACAUUAUAAAUAACUAAAUAAGAUGUUAAUUUAUUGAGCUGCUUAUUUUCUAGUCCAUCACAAUGCUUAGCUAUUAACUAAAAGUCUCGACCUUCUACAUACAUAUGAGUAAAAUUUGUUUAAUAUAUUGAUAAUAUAUUUAUUGUUGUACUUAGCCCUAAUUUAAAGUAAUUUUUCGUUGUAAGUGUUGACUACUGGUUUGUAAAAAAAUGUAAUGCCUACUUAAUAACAGCAGCGUACCUACUUACUUGGUUGUUUUACAUGGUGUCUAUUUAUUUCUGAAGCUGAAUGAUGUCAGGCAACUGACAUGACGCUCCGUGAUUUGAUUCACAUUAUUAUCAUGCUUUUAGCCUGCUCUUUAUGAUACACCCAAGUAUUGUAGGUACCCAAGUGAUAUGUAAAUAUGCUGCUAUUAAGUGGGAACACAUUUAAGAUAAUGUAUGUAAUUUUGUUUCUUAGAAAAUUAGGACUCUCGUGUCCAGUUGUUAUUGUAUUUAAAACAUUUUCUCUAAAUUAUAUUGAUGGGUAAUGGAUAGCGCGGGUGUUAUAUAACAAUAGAUAUGUGUACAUAUUAGAGUAAGUGUUCGACAUUACGUGUGCAAGUCUGGCAGUUUGUUUGUGUUCCAUUGAGCUUUGUUCCAUGUUUGCGAUGCGCGAGCGCGUAUAUUGUGAUGCCGAGUAGUAUUAUAUAUCGAUUAAUAUAUUAUUUAUUAAUAAACCACAUGUUCAUA